AUGAGGGCACUCAGGCUGUUCCCGCAGCGCCAGCUCCGUUGCUAUGCUCACGGUCCUGGUAGAGCACGCCCCUCGAGGCUGGGCGAGACGGUCAGCCUGGAUCACUUCCUCCAACGCUCCCGCGUCCUGGCCCUCUACCGGACCGUGUUGCGUAGCAUCCGCAGCAUCACCGACCACGAGACCCGUGACGAGACGAGGCUCUUUGUGAGGCACGAGAUCGAGAGACACCGCCACCAGCACAUCAGGUACCUGCUGUCCACGGGCAAAACGCAGUGGGAGGGGUUCGAGCGCUUCAUUGACGUCGUGGCGCCCAACACAACUCUCGACCGUUCCUGGUCGUCUGCGCGUCUGUACGUCUACACCUCUCCCGGCCCUGGCCAUUAA